AACAGGUCAAAAUGAACUGUUUAUUGAAAAUUCAUAUAUUUUCAUUACUCUUAAUAAUUCGUCUGUAAGUAAUAGAUGCCUUUAGAGGAAGUGCACAAGAAGUAGUAAAAAAAUAGAAAUGUUAAACAAUCUUCAUGCUUUUUAGGAAGUAUGAUUCACACUCUUUCUGGGUAAGAGUGAUGCUGAAUGGUCUUUGGGUCAAAACAUCACAUUCCAGAGCUAUGAGCUUGUAUUAUGGUCGAGGCUUAUGGAGAGUGAUGACUGCAUAAAAGGGAGAGAGGAGUUUGCUCCAAUUCACUCCUGCACUGCACCCCAUUCAUGGGGCAGGCAGAGAGGCUUCUUCAUUUUCGGGUCAGAAUUCUAGGUAUUUGACAUGACAUUCGUGUAGCAGACAAAAUGGCCGACUCGGACGAUGAAGACGUCCUGUACGCCCAUGACCUGGGUCGUAAUCUUAUCGGAGGCAAGCGGGUGAAGAACAUGGAUGAUGUAAUGAACGGAGGCAAAAAGGACAAAAGAAAACUGAGAAAAACGCUUGCACUAUGCAUGGCAUUCUUGUGCUUGGGUCUAUGCCUGUCCAUUCUCGGCCCAACGCUUCUGAGCCUGACAGAUCACCUGCACACGACGGUGCCCAAGAUCUCCAUGGUGUUCGCAGGACGGAGUGUCGGCUACCUCUCUGGAGCCAUCCUCGGAGGCAUGCUCUUCGAAGCCUUCAACCCUUUGUUCCUUCUUGCCAUUGUCCUCCUCCUGUGCGGUAUAGGGAUCACGGUUGCCCCGUUCGCAGCAACGGUCCUUGCGCUGGGAGUGUGUAUAAGUAGUGUUGGUAUCAGCAUGGGUGUCUUGGAUACAGGUGCUAAUCUCGUCUGCCUUCGAAUGUGGGGAAAGAAACGUUCAGGCACCAUGCUACAAGCCCUCCAUUUUAGCUUUGCCCUCGGUGCCUUCUUCGCCCCCCUCCUGGCGUCUCCCUUUCUGGUAGACACCUCAACCACUGGCAAUAUGGUGGAAACAACUUCCACUUUGGUUCCUCCAACUCUGAAUGUAGCAAUGACGGAUGCCAUCCAUACCCUGGGUAAUGAAAAAUUCAACAGUGGCAAGCCUAAUGAUUUCGAUGUCAAGUCUGAUGAUGGUAGCACCGGUGUCAAGUCUGAUGAUGGUAGCACCGGUGUCAAGUCUGAUAAUGGUAGCACCGAUGUCAAGUCUGAUGAUGUUAGCACCGAUGUCAAGUCUGAUGAUGGUAGCACCGAUGUCAAGUCUGAUGAUGGUAGCACCGAUGUCAAGUCUGAUGAUGGUAGCACCGAUGUCAAGUCUGAUGAUGGUAGCACCGAUGUCAAGUCUGACGAUGUUAGCAUCGAUGUCAAGUCUGAUGAUGGUAGCACCGGUGUCAAGUCUGAUGAUGAUAGCACCGAUGUCAAGUCUGAUGAUGGCACCAGCAAUAACAAUCCUAAUGAUAUUAAGCCUGGUACCACCAAGAACAAGCGUGAUGGUCGUUCGACUGAUGACAAGUCUGACGAUGGUACCUCCGAUGACAAGUCUGAUGAUGGUGGCACCGUUGUCAAGUCUAAUGGUGUUAACACUGAUGUCAAGUCUGAUGGUAGCAGCGAUGUCAAUUCUGAUGAUGGUAGCACAGAUGAAAAGUCUGAUGAUGGUAGCACUGAUGAAAAGUCUAAUGAUGGUAGCACUGAUGAAAAGUCUAAUGAUGGUAGCACUGAUGAAAAGUCUGAUAAUGGUAGCACUGAUGAAAAGUCUGAUAAUGGUAGCAAUGAUGUCAAGUCUGAUAAUGGUAGCACCAGUGUCAAGUCUGAUGAUAAUAGCACCGAUGUCAAGUCUGACAAUGUUAGCAACGCUAUCAAGUCUGAUGAUGGUAGCACCGAUGAAAAGUCUGACGAUGGUAGCACCGAUGAAAAGUCUGAUAAUGGUAGCACCGAUGAAAAGUCUGACGAUGCUAGCACCGAUGAAAAAACUGAUAAUGGUAGCACUGAUGAAAAGUCUGAUGAUGGUAGCACUGAUGAAAAGUCUGAUGAUGGUAGCACUGAUGAAAAGUCUGAUGGUAGUACAGAUGAAAAGUCUGAUGAUGGUAUUACUGAUGAAAAGUCUGAUGAUGGUAGCACUGAUGAAAAGUCUGAUGAUGGUAGUACUGAUGAAAAAUCUGAUGAUGGUAGUACUGAUGAAAAACCUGAUGAUGGUAGUACCGAUGAAAAGUCUGAUGAUGGUAGUACUGAUGAAAAACCUGAUGAUGGUAGUACCGAUGAAAAGUCUGAUGAUGGUAGUACUGAUGAAAAGUCUGAUGAUGGUAGCACUGAUGAAAAGUCUGACGAUGGUAGCACCGAUGAAAAGUCUGAUGAUGGUAGUUCUGAUGAAAAGUCUCAUGAUGUUAGUACCGAUGAAAAGUCUGAUGAUGGUAGUACCGAUGAAAAGUCUGAUGAUGGUAGUACCGAUGAAAAGUCUGAUGAUGGUAGUACAGAUGAAAAGUCUGAUGAUGGUAGCACUCAUGAAAAGUCUGAUGAUGGUAGCACUGAUGAAAAGUCUGAUGAUGGUAGCACCGAUGAAAAGUCUGAUGAUGGUAGUUCUGAUGAAAAGUCUCAUGAUGUUAGUACCGAUGAAAAGUCUGAUGAUGGUAGUACCGAUGAAAAGUCUGAUGAUGGUAGUACCGAUGAAAAGUCUGAUGAUGAUAGUACAGAUGAAAAGUCUGAUGAUGGUAGCACUCAUGAAAAGUCUGAUGAUGGUAGUACAGAUGAAAAGUCUGAUGAUGGUAUUACCGAUGAAAAGUCUGAUGAUGGUAGCACUGAUGAAAAGUCUGAUGAUGGUAGCACCGAUGUCAAGUCUGAUGACGGUAGCACCGAUGUCAAGUCUGAUGAUGGUAGCACUGAUGAAAAGUCUGAUGAUGGUAGCACUGAUGAAAAGUCUGAUGGUAGCACCGAUGAAAAGUCUAAUAAUGGUAGCACUGAUGAAAAGUCUGAUAAUAGUUCCACCAAUGAGAAUGACGGCGAGUCCAAGAAUGCUAACGUUAUCAGUUCCAACGAAUCGACAUCCUCCCCACAACAUCAGGUUCCAAGAUUUGCAAUGCCAUACAUCAUCAUAGGGGUUUUUGUUCUCAUAACCUCAGUACUCUUUUUCUAUUUCCUUUUCACUAAGCCCAAGAAUGAACCUAAGUACGUCGCAUCAGAGGAUUCUGGUGCAGUUUCAGAUAAGGACAACUUCCCAUUUAGAACCAGAGUUCUGCUUCUCCUGUUCUGCUUCUACUUCCUUUAUGUUGGUGGAGAAGUGGCAUAUGGAAGCUUUGUACCUAUGUUUGCCAGUAAGAGUCCUCACCAAUUUGGGCAAGACCGUGCUAGCCAUGUUGCAGCUCUGUUCUGGGGCACCUUCACCUUUGGGCGCGGCCUAGCCAUAUGUCUUGCCAGUGUCAUCUCGCCUCUCAAGAUGGUGAUUGCCGACAUGGUGGGAUGCGUCACCACCUCUGUCAUCUUGACUCUCUUUGCAGACACAAACGAGAAUGUCUUGUGGUUAGGCAGUGCCUUGUUAGGACUGUCGAUGGCAUCGCUCUUCCCGACGGGAAUCGCCUGGCUAGAAACGUACACUCGUGUCACCGGCAACACCGCAUCAUUCCUCGUAGUUGGUAGCGCCCUUGGCGAGAUGUGCGUGCCUGUUGUCAUCGGCUACCUCUUUGAAGACAAAAUUGGCCCGAUGGUACUGAUGUACUGGAUGUUGGCGACGUCUGCAUUGUCGGCCCUCAUCUUCGCCUACGUGAUGUGGUUGAUGAUGGAGAAUGGGAAGGAGAAGGAGUCGCUUCCAGCCGAGAAAAGCCCCGCCUUGGAUCUUCUUCACAGCGUCGAGGAGGCCUUCCCUGGUGAGGAAUUCUUCAGCAAUGGGACAUCAAGCAGCAAGCAAAUGAGUAAACCUUUAGUCCCUCCAAUACUCAAGAAGAAAGACCAUAAAGAGUGAUGUAGGCCAUUAAUUACCUAGUCAGUACUGCUUCAGAAUAAAUUUUAAUUUACCUACCCUCAUCUCACUACCAGGGAUGUCUCUAUCAUUGGUGCCUUGCAAAAAAAUAUUUGCAAUCAAAAUCAAAUUUCAGUUGCAAAUUUACAACUAAACUUUAACGAAAACACAUUGAUUUAUACUCGAUAAUACAAGAAGCAGAAUUGCAACCAAAUGCACAUUUGCAAUGAAUUGCAAGACUUAUGAUGGAUUUGGGGACCUAAAAUUGACUGGCAUCCGAUUACAAGUUUCUUGCGACACUUCAUGAAUUGUGACGAGCAUCCCAUACUGUGGCAUCAUACUAGAGGCCAAAGAUGCUUCAGUCUCUGAAAGGUUAAGAAUGCUCUCCCAGGCAAGCCCAUGUAUAUUGGGUCCAAUACAAACGAUAUGGGAUAAUCA